AUGUAUGAUUCAUUCACUUCUCAGGUUACUGUGUCUGAUGUCGCCUUGAUAUCUAAAGAUUCAGUUGAAACAAAUGGAGGUGGUAUUAAUUGUUUACCAAAUGAAGGUAAAUUAAACAUAUGGUUCCUGAAAAUCAUUCUGAUUAUUGAUGAUUCACCAUACAAGACUUCAAGAGAUAUUCAAGAAUUUAACAUAAUGAUGUACUAUUAUUUCAAUUCAAUAUUAGAAAUAAUUAAUAUCGAUGAUAAUAAAGAUCGUUUUGUUGCAUUUUUAUCAAAUAAUAGAAUGAAUUGUAUUAUUAAAAUUAUUUCAUCAAAUAUAAGCCAACAAAGUUUUAUAUUCUCAGAUGAAUCAUUCAAACAAACCUAUAAAUUGGUUCAAUUGAUCUUACUGCUAUUAAAUAACUUUGAUAUACUUAACGACAUCAAAUUUGUUUAUGAACUUUUGGAUAGUUUAUUAAAUUUACUUACUUUAAAAAUGGUUGCAAAAAAAGAUUCUGAUGUAAAUACCAUAAAUAAUUUGGUAAAUAAAAUUAUUAUUGAAUUGAUUCCAAAUUCUAAAGUAUUUGAAAUACUCAAAAGUCAUUUAAGUGUGAGUCAACUAGUCAAAGAAAUGGAUUAUUUAUUUGUUAACAUCAUGUCCUUGACUAAAAACUAUUUAAAACAUAAAAAUGAAAUAGAUGAUGAUACAGAAGAAUUCAAAAUUUUAUUUAGAGAUGUAAUGGUGCUUUUUGUGAACAAGAAUUAUCAUAAUUUAAACAAAUUAAAUUAUACUAUUCUUAAACAACAAUAUAGAAUGAUUAAAAAUCAAUCUAAUUUAAAUUUAGAUGAUGAUAAUAUUGCAUCUUUUGAUCAACAAAAUUCAGAUUUUUAUCAAUAUAAUUCACCAAAAAUUCAAGAUCAAAAUAGAGGUAGUAGAAUCAAUCAAGAAAGUCCUAAUCAUGAUCAACAUGAAUGGAUUCCAAGUUUUCUUAAUCAGAAUAAUUUUGAAAAUUUGAGUGAUUUUGAUAUUAAAAUUGAAACAAAAUCUAGAAAUCCUUUUAAAAAGUUAUUUCAACACAAAAAAUCUCAUUGGGGUUGGUUUCAUUUUCAUAAAAAAUUGAAUCAAUGA